AUGACACCCCUCAAAUUCGGUAUCCUCAUGAUUCCCUAUCAAACUAUGGAUGUCGCCGGGCCAUUAGACAUCCUCUCCAACGCCUCUAAGCAAUUUCUUGGCUCCCCGAACAUGAAAGAGCUCCUCCAAACUGAGUACGAUAUGGAGCCCGAAGGGAAAGAGCGAGAGUCUUACAUCAACAUCGGUGAUCGAGGAAUCGACAUUGAAUUCCUUCACAUAGGCUUCAGCAUGGAGCCUGUUGCUCUAACAGCAGGAUUCUCCGCAAACCCAACAACAACAGUUAAGGAAUGCCCUCCUCUUGAUUACCUGCUCGUCGGUGGCCCCGAUCCUGCCCUCCAAUUGCACCCGGAGUUUGCGAAGUUCGUGAAGGAGCAUGUUGCCGCUGGAAAAGGAUUGUUCUGUACCUGUACUGGAGCUUUCGCUAUUGCUACUACGGGUGUUCUGGAUGGGAAGAAGGCUACGACCAACCAGGUUGUUUUGCCGAGUGCGAAGAAGUUGUUCCCAAAGAUUCAUUGGAUUGAGGAGCAGUGGGCUAUUGAUGGGAAUAUUUGGACUGCGGGAGGUGCGUGUGCGGGAAUGGACAUGUUUGCUGAGUGGGUGAGGAAGCAUUGUGAUGCUGAUGUUGCGGCGGUUGCCAAUAGAAUGUUGGAUUUCCACCCAAGAGGUCUGGACAAGAAGUUGAUUGUCUAG